GCAUCUCUCUCGAGACUUGUUUUGUUAUUCCAUCCUCGCUCGCUCACUCCUCUCUCAAAUCCUCUUCGCAUCGCAUCCCUCAGGUGGAUAAAAUGGCAGCAUCAGGGUUCCAAGCGUUCUUGAACAGUCCGGUUGGACCUAAAACAACCCAUUUCUGGGGUCCUAUCGCUAACUGGGGCUUUGUUGCUGCUGGUUUGGUGGAUAUGCAAAAGCCCCCUGAGAUGAUCUCUGGAAACAUGACCUCAGCCAUGUGCAUUUACUCUGCAUUGUUCAUGAGAUUUGCAUGGAUGGUGCAGCCACGCAACUAUUUACUACUUGCCUGCCAUGCUUCCAAUGAGACUGUUCAGCUCUAUCAGCUCUCGCGUUGGGCUAGAUCCCAAGGGUAUCUAUCCUCAACUAAAGAAGAGGAGAAACCGGCUCAGUAAAGCUUUCUUCAACCCCUGCUUCCGAUGAUCAACGGAUCAUCAGCAUAUCAGUUCUUGGAAAUUAAUGAAUCCUUGAUCCAUCUAUUUUUCAUUUUCCUUUGAAACGUGUUUGUCUUCUGUCCCCAACCUAUGGAUGAUUUACUUGUUGGAUCCUUCAUUGACAUAUAUCUCUUUUGUUUGAAAUAAGUAUACCGCUUGUAAUAAAAUUUGGGACCAGUCGCAAAGUCCACAUUUCGUCUUCA